AUGUCUGCUGACGCAACGAAGAUGAUGCCGAGUAACCGUCGGGUCGUAUUGAUCCCUGUUGACGCCCUUGUCCUGAACGUCCACCACACUGUCCACGACCGUUCAGUUGGUGUUUACAUCCUGGAGUCGCUCGACAUAGAGAUGGUGUUCGGCUACCCGACGUCAUUCUCACUGCUAGAUACGCUCGUUCUGUGUGGCGCAAGGGCCUUUCUCCUACUAACAUGCCAACGAUUCGCAUUAGGCGCCUUCCGCCAGCAACUCAAGACGGCAGAUACUCCGGACGAUGACAUCGAACUAGACGCGUUACCGGCGCCCUCAUCAGCCCCUGCGCGUUCGACUGCGCAAACCAGCCACUCACGAAACCUGAGCAUAGCCAACAUCGCCUUCUCCCUCUGCUUUUCCGAGAGCUGCAUGCUAUUCCACCUUCUCAUGGCUCAAGCCGUAGAUCUCUACCACCCUGGCUCACGUAUGCUUCACUGGCUCAUCUCACUGUUCAUCUUGCUAUCUCUCCUACUGGCCGUUAUACCAAUCUCACUCAGCCUCGUCACGACAUCCUCCCUUUUCUUCCAAUGUCUUCCGGGGCCCUCACGGAUUCUGCCGCUCGUGGUGUACUUUAUUCUGUUAUCUUAUGUUCCGUUACCGGAUGCGCUUUCCGAGAGCGUCAGUCAGACGUGGAUGGGGACGACCUUUGCCAGGCUCGUACUCUUGGGUGUUGUUCUUCUAGGGGGCCUCUCUGGAUAUGGUUCAGUCACGACGGCUUGGGGAUACUUCCCCUUUAUCUGUGGUCCUCGACAGAAACGUGUUUCUGAGGCGCAGCUGCUCGCAUCACAGGAAAGCCAUGCGCGCAUCGUCGAGGAGCUAAGGCGAAAACGCGAAGCAGUGGCUGCUCAGGAGCGUGCACAGGAGGGCAAACAACAGUCAUGGAUGGCACGGACAUUCCGAGGCGACGAGCUCUCGGCACUCAAGACCGAAUUGACCGCACUAAGCGCUCUCGAACGUAACAUGCUCGCGGAUCUGCAACAACUCCAAGAGCGCCGUGUUGCGGAGACAUUUGACCGCACGUUCACCGGCGCCCUAUACGUUCUCCUUCGACGCGCUACGGGGAUAUACUGCAUCUUCCGCGGUUUCACUUCCAUCAUGAACCUCGUAUUGCCUUCGCCGACCUCAUCAGGACCCGGCGCUGGCUAUCCCGACGUUCUCACCUCACUCCUAACCUCAGUCAUCGGUUCUCUACCGUUCUCUCAGGCCACCGUCUCCGCGUUGGAAGAACAAGUUCCAUGGACAAUCCGGCAGCUCAAUCUCAUCGUAGUCGGCGCAAUCAUUCUGAGUAGCUUGCGUCGCGUGCUCGUAGCUCUCCGCAUUGUCAGCGGCAGAGGACGAGGAGCUAGCACUGGCGGGGUUCUUGUUCUCGCACAGGUUAUGGGUAUAUACUUCCUCUCAACGCUCGUCCAACUCCGCACAUCCUUCCCGCCCUCCCUAGACACCGAAGGCCAAGACACGAACCUCUUCUCAACUUUACCGGAGUACCAACUCUUCGGGCCUGUCUUCGACUUGAGCUUCCUGAUCGCGGCGACUGUGGCGGGCUCAAGCGAGUACAUCCGCGCGAAGGCUGGAGAGGACAUUGAUUGA